AUGGCCACCAGCCAACCUUCCAACGGCGCAGCCGCCGCCAUUGGCGAGCAAGAGCUCGCCGAGAUUUACGCCUUUGCCGUGCAGGUUGCCAAGGACGCCGGAGCGCUCCUCAUGAAGGCCCAGAAGGAGAGCUCCGUCGAUAUCGUCACAGAAACGGAUAUGAACAUAGAAGCUUUCAUACACCAAUCCAUUACUGCGAGAUACCCUACCCAUAAGUUCAUCGGAGAGGAAUCGUAUUCCCAAGGCUCCGACAAGCGUUACCUCGUCGACGAUGCCCCGACCUGGAUCGUCGACCCCCUCGACGGAACCGUCAACUUCGCCCACCUCUUUCCCAUGGUAUGCAUAUCCAUCGGCUUCACCAUCAACGGCCACCCCGUCGUCGGCGUCAUAAACGCGCCUAUCCUCAACCAAAUGGUCUCCGCUUGCCGCGGCCGCGGCGCCUGGCUCAACGAGACCCAGCGCUUGCCCCUCGUGCACGAUCCCAUCCCCCGCUCCCCGAAAACGCGCCCCGGGGCUGCAUCCUCUCAGCUGGGCGGAAGGGGCGGGAAAGGUGGUAUGGCUCACGGAGUGCGGAGUCUUGGAAGCGCUGCCAUGGGACUGGCGUAUGCUGCCAUGGGCUCAGUCGAUAUAUGGAUGGAGGGCGGUUGCUGGGAGUGGGAUGUCGCCGGCGGCAUCGCCAUUCUCGAGGAGGCAGGUGGCUUUGUGACCACGGCAAACCCUCCCGGCGACCCGGAAACCUGCGAGAUACCAAAGGUUCGCCUUGGGGGAAGGUUACCGGCUGGUGCGUCUGAAAAGGAAACUGCAUUGGAGGCGCAGCAGAGGGUAGUGAGGGAGGCGUUUUCUGAAGUACCGCAAUCCUACAUGGCGCUUUCGACCUAA